AUGGACCCGAAGUUACUUGUGGAUCUAUCCCAAAGCUUUUCCAACCUUUUCCAAGACCCGCAACUUGCCGAUGUCUUUAUUGAAAUUGGUAAACCACCUGAGACUAAGACUUUUUCUGCGCAUUCAGGCUUGUUAUUUGCACGCUCCCCACAUUUUGCCUCGGAACUUAAGAAUGAGUGGGUUAAACGUAAAAAAGGAAAUGAGAUUAAAUUUGUUAAACCAAAUAUCUCUCCACGCAUUUUCGAGAUAGUUCUCAGAUACAUAUAUACUGGCGCAGUUUCCUUAGAAAAUCAAAACAUUCUCUCGAUUCUUGAAAUUUUGACUGCAGCGGAUGAACUUCUCCUAGAAGAUCUUAUCCAAUACAUCCAAAGCUUCUUGUUAGAACAUCGCAAGGAAUUGCUCCAAAAAAACUUCGCUACCGUUAGCCAAUUUGUAUUCAAACAUGAGAAUUUCAAGAGACUUCAAGAAUAUUAUUCGACUCUUUUAAAAUAUUCUGAUAUACGUCAAAUUGACUCCUGGAUCAAUGGAAAUGAUACAGCUCAAACGUCUCUAGUUCCUAUUACCCACAAAUACAAUCUUAUUUGUCGCGGUUCCCGUGAUGGUUUUACCGCGGAUAAUUUUCAUCGAAUCUGUGACGACAAAGGUCCUACAGUCAUAGUUAUUAAGACUAACAAGAAUGACCAAAUAAUUGGUGGAUAUUCGCUAGCGAGCUGGCACAGCAGGGGGCGGAGUGAGAGCGGUGUUGGGUGCUUUAUCUUUUCUUUAGGAGAUCGGAAUGGUCGCGAUCCUAUUCUUAGUCGGCACGCCUCCGGUCAAGGAAUUGCUUGCUGGAAGACACACGGUCCAGUAUUUGGAGAUCAAAGGGAUUUAGUCUUAUUUGAUGAACGUAUUCAAAAUGGUAGCAACAAUUAUACUAAGAAGCAGAGUUAUAAAGUUGCGAUUCUCUCGGGAGCUGAGCUAGGCUUUGUUGGAUAUAAUGUCCAAGAAUAUGAAGUCUUUCAAGUGGUCGAUAAAUUGCUCGAAUAG